AUGACUAUUAUUAAAGUAGCAAACGAACAAGAAUUAAUUAAAAAGCUAUCUUCGUAUAUAGAAAAAAUCUCUAACGAUGCCAUUCUCAAUCGUGGGAAGUUUUUCGUCGGACUUUCCGGUGGAUCAUUAAUUAAAUAUCUAUGUGAAGGACUGCCAGAAAUAAACACAGAUUGGUCUAAGUGGGUGCUCGCAUUUUGUGAUGAAAGAGUUGUCCCUGAAAACAGUGAAGAUUCAACAUUUGGAACUUAUGAAAAACAGUUAAUACCUAAGACGCAGUUAAAAAGGGACCAGUUUAUUAUAAUUAAACAAGAGGUUUCAGCAAAUGAUGCGGCUAGAGAUUAUACAGAAAAACUGACAAAUGCAUUUAAAAGUGAAAAUUAUAAAUUUGAUCUUCUCUUAUUGGGAAUGGGACCAGAUGGACAUACAUGUUCUUUAUUCCCCGGGCAUAGUUUACUGGAUGAAACAACUUUAAAAGUUGCUCCAAUAACUGACUCUCCCAAGCCACCCCCUGCCAGAAUUACUUUGACUUAUCCCGUCAUAAAUAAUGCAAGAAACUGCAUUUUUGCAAUCAGUGGUGCUGGAAAAGCUGAUAUGGUGAAGCGCAUUUUGAAGGAUAAAGAAGACUUACCAGCAACUAGAGUAAAACCAGAUGGCUCUCUGUAUUGGAUAGUUGAUGAUGCCGCAGCAAUACAUCUA